AUGGUAUCAUUUCACUCGUUUUUCUCCAUAUCUCUUGCAAUUGCCAUCAUAUUUGUCUCCAGAUUCUCCAUCACAGAAGCUAACAAUGGUGGUUUCACUGUGGAUCUAAUACACCGAGACUCGCCAAAAUCUCUAUUCCACAACCCUUCUCUAACUCCUUCACAACGCCUGAACAAUGCUUUGCAACGUUCAUUUUCCCGUGUUCAUCAUCUCAUGUCAUUCUCUCCCCAAUCAGCUUCAGCCAAUGUAACCCCCAAUGGUGGAGAAUAUGUCAUGAAGAUAUCCAUGGGGACCCCACCGGUUCAAAUUCCUGCAAUUGUCGAUACUGCCCAAACAGUUCUUCUUCAUAUAAAGUGGUACCUUGUGGUUCAAAACAAUGCCUAUCUUUUCCAAGAACUUCUUGCCUCCCAACUACGAAUACUUGCCAGUGCUCGGUCAGUUAUGGAGACAAAUCUUUCCGUCGCGGAUCUCGCCACUGAAACGGUAAAAUUGGGUUCCACCACCCUCCAUGACAUCAUUUUUGGCUGUGGACACGACAACGACAGCCCGUUUAGCAAUGCUAGAGCUGGCAUAGUCGGCCUCGGAGGUAGUCAAGUUUCGCUUAUCUCACAGAUGGGAUCUCCCAUUGGAGGCAAAUUUUCUUAUUGCUUGGUACCAAUGUCUGCCCAAAACACCAAGGCCAGCAAAAUGAACUUUGGAGGCAGUGGUGUGGUUUCAGGGCGUGGGGUGGUUUCAACUCCAAUAGUCUCAAAAUCCCCACAUGCUUUCUAUUUCUUGACACUGGAAGGAAUCAGUGUUGCAAACAAAAGGCUGGACUUUUACAUGUCCUCAGCCUCAUCAAAUGCUUCUAAGUUAGCUCAGGCUGGUAACAUCGUCAUUGACUCUGGUUCAACCCUGACCCUCCUUCCACCGGAUCUCUACAGCCGAUUAGUCUCGGCCGUGAAAAGUACGAUCAAGGCCCAACCGGUCAAGGAUCCAAAAUUGAUGCUAAGUUUGUGCUACUCUAAGUUGAAUUUUAGUUCCAUACCUAUUAUUAUUGUGCAUUUCAGGGGUGGAGACUUGAAGAUGAAUCCAUUGAACACCUUUGUUAGGACUAGCUUGUUUUCCAUAUACUUGGGUUUUGCCCCAGCUAGAGAGAUUGCCAUUUAUGGUAACCUGGCACAGGUGAACUUUUAUGUGGGCUUAUGA